CAUUCUUUGUCGGUGAAAACGCGUUAUCUCCUGUUAUCAGAUUAAGGUUGAAACGCGUUGGCUGUUUUUCGCCGAAAAAAAGUACAAGUAGUGCGUGUUUUGGAGUGUAGUAAGGAGGAUGUUAUCGCGCAGUGCUUUUAAUUUGUUCAGAUACCAACUGAAGUCUCCCAUCAAUCCGGUUACCCAAUGUGGCUAUUUCAUCACUCCCAGUAGAAAGCUAAGCCACGAUCAAACCAACUAUGAUCACCACAGAGAGGAUCACAGCAGUGGCGUUUUGAAAACCGCAGCAACCAUAAUUAGUGGCUCAUUGUUAACGUGCCUUAUUGUAGAGAAACUGAGAAAUGACUCCGCAGAGGUACAUGCGAAAGUUCUCACCUCUAGCCCACCAGACAUUCAAAAUGCCCACAAUGUUGCGCGCUAUGAUUUGCCGGUAAUAUCAAUGGACGAUGUGACGAAACACAAUUCUCCCCAAACUGGCAUAUGGAUCACAUACGGUAUUGGGGUAUACGACAUCACAUCCUUUGUGCCAAAGCAUCCCGGUAGUGACAAAGUGAUGCUGGCAGCAGGAAGCGCCAUCGAUCCUUUCUGGCAUAUCUAUCAGCAACACAACACCAAAGAGGUCCUAAAACUACUUGAGACCUUCCGCAUUGGAAAUCUCAAAGAGGACGACGUUAUUGGGACGAAAGAUUUGGACAAUCCGUGGGCGACCGAACCGAAACGCCACCCAAUAUUGAAGGCAGCUACACAAAGGCCAUUCAACGCAGAACCUCCCGCCUCGGUGCUCGUUGAUAGUUUUCUCACUCCGAAUGAGUUUUUCUACGUGAGAAACCAUUUGCCCGUACCGGAGGUGAACAUUGAAGAGUACGAGCUGGAGAUCGAUGUUGAACUAAACGAUAAAAGUAAAAGGCUGUCGUUUGAAGAGUUGAAGAAACUUCCCAAGCACACGGUCACCGCCACAAUCAUGUGCGGAGGCAAUCGACGUGGAGAAAUGAUGGAAAUCAAACCAAUAAAAGGGCUUCCGUGGGGACCCUCUGCUGUGGGCAAUGCCGAGUGGAGCGGAGUGCGAUUAGUAGACUUAUUGAAAGAAAUGGGAGUGGAGUCGGACGAAACAAGUCAUGUGCAUUUCGAGGGGUUGGACACAGAUCCUACUCACACUCCGUAUGCGGCUUCAAUCCCACUGUCGAAAGCGAUGGAUCCUCGGGGAGACGUGAUUCUUGCGUAUGAAAUGAACGGUCAGCCUUUGAACAGAGAUCACGGCUAUCCACUGAGAGCCAUCGUACCUGGCGUUGUUGGAUCGCGCAAUGUUAAGUGGUUGGGAAGAAUUGUUGUUUCCAAGGAUGAGUCCGAUUCUCACUGGCAGCAAAAUGACUACAAGUCAUUCAGUCCGAGCACAGAUUGGGACACGGUUGAUUUCAAGCGUGCACCAGCAAUUCAAAAUAUGCCAAUAACGUCAGCAAUUUGCACCCCAGCAAAUGGGGACCGACUCGAAGCGAAAGACGGUUAUAUCACGGUUAAAGGAUACGCCUGGUCUGGCGGAGGACAAGCAAUCAUUCGUGUGGAUCUUUCGGUCGACGGAGGCAAUAGUUGGAUCGUCGCAGAUCUGGAUCAGGUGGAGCAAGGCACCGGCAGAGGUAGGCACUGGUCGUGGUCCUUGUGGACGGCGAAAAUUCCUGUCAAGCGCGGCCAAAAGAUUGAGAUCUGGUCCAAAGCCGUCGACGAUAAUUACAAUGCACAACCGGAGACAUUCAAGAAUAUUUGGAAUUUGAGAGGAGUCGUUGGUAAUGCGUAUAGUCGCGUUAAAGUGGAGGUAAAAUAGAGUGAACCCAAGAACUUCGAAUAAAGUUACAUAAUUUAACGAA